CGGAGCCGGCGCGGCUCGACGAAUUUUGGUUUUUUUGCACUGAAUAUAGUCUAGACUGAUCGUCUUGGGCUUGUGUUGCCACAGGAUACUGUCAAAGGCGGUGUGUCUGUUUCUGCAGAGUUUUGCACAGUCUGUUCCCAUGCAAACCAAUGAAGGAGAAGUAUCGGAAGAAAGCAGUUCCAAGGUGGAACAGGAGGAUUUUGUAAUGGAAGGGCAUGGCAAGACUCCACCUCCUGGUGAAGAAGGCAAACAAGAGAAGGAGCAAGAAAGGGAAGAACAGUUAAUGGAAGACAAGAAAAGGAAGAAAGAGGAUAAAAAGAAAAAAGAAGCCACUCAGAAGGUCACGGAACAAAAAACCAAAGUGCCCGAAGUGACGAAACCAAGUUUAAGCCAACCAACGGCCGCCAGCCCAAUUGGCAGCUCUCCAUCGCCACCAGUCAAUGGUGGCAACAAUGCCAAAAGGGUGGCAGUGCCGAACGGACAACCGCCAAGCGCCGCCCGCUACAUGCCUCGGGAGGUGCCACCGCGAUUCCGUUGCCAGCAGGACCACAAAGUGUUACUAAAACGUGGACAACCCCCUCCACCGUCCUGCAUGCUCCUUGGGGGUGGGGCAGGGCCUCCUCCCUGCGCAGCACCUGGAGCAAACCCAAACAACGCACAAGUGACGGGAGCGCUGCUGCAGAGCGAGAGUGGGACUGCGCCAGAGUCAACCCUUGGAGGUGCUGCUGCUUCAAAUUAUGCAAAUUCCACUUGGGGCCCCGGAGCCUCCUCCAACAACGGCGCCUCCCCCAACCCAAUUCACAUCUGGGACAAGGUGAUUGUAGACGGGUCUGACAUGGAAGAGUGGCCUUGUAUUGCCAGCAAAGACACUGAAUCUUCUUCCGAAAACACCACCGAUAACAACAGUGCCUCAAACCCUGGCUCUGAGAAGAGCACUCUGCCAGGAAGCACCACUAGUAGCAAAGGCAAAGGCAGCCAGUGCCAGCCUGCGAGUUCUGGGAACGAAUGUAACCUUGGGGUCUGGAAGUCGGACCCUAAGACUAAAUCUGUUCAAUCUUCCACCUCUGCAACGGACAGCAGCAAUGGACUAGGAAACUGGAGGAAUGUGAGUGGUCAGGACAGAAUUGGACCUGGCUCUGGCUUCAGCAACUUUAACCCAAAUAGCAACCCAUCUGCCUGGCCAGCACUGGUCCAAGAAGGAACUUCUAGGAAAGGGGCAUUGGAAACAGAUAGUAGUAAUUCCAGUGCACAGGUUAGCACAGUAGGCCAGGCAUCCAGGGAACAGCAGUCAAAGAUGGAAAAUGCGGGUGUUAAUUUUGUUGUCUCUGGCAGAGAACAGGCUCAAAUUCAUAACACUGAUGGACCAAAAAAUGGAAACACUAACUCCUUGAACUUAAGUUCACCAAACCCCAUGGAAAAUAAGGGAAUCCCCUUUGGAAUGGGCUUGGGGAACGCCUCCAGGAGCACUGAUGCCCCUUCACAAAGCACUGGAGAUCGAAAGACUGGGAGUGUUGGAUCUUGGGGUGCAGCUAGGGGGUCUUCUGGAACUGACUCAGUCUCUGGACAAAGCAAUUCUGGAAACAGCGGGAACAAUGGAAAAGACAGAGAGGACUCCUGGAAAGGAGCUCCUGUUCAGAAACCAACCGGGUCAAAAAAUGACUCUUGGGACAACAAUAGCAGGUCUACGGGUGGGUCCUGGAACUUUGGCCCUCAGGACUCUAAUGACAACAAAUGGGGUGAAGGGAACAAAAUGACAUCUGGAGUCUCUCAGGGAGAAUGGAAACAGCCGACUGGGUCUGACGAGUUGAAAAUUGGAGAAUGGAGUGGUCCAAACCAACCAAAUUCUAGCACUGGAGCAUGGGACAAUCAAAAGGGCCACCCCCUCCCUGAAAACCAAGGCAAUGCCCAGGGUCCCUGUUGGGGAAGAUCUUCCAGCUCCACGGGAAGUGAGGUUGGAGGUCAAAGCACUGGAAGCAACCACAAAGCAGGAAGUAGCGACAGUCAUAAUUCUGGCCGUCGGUCUUACAGGCCCACACAUCCUGAUUGCCAGGCUGUCUUGCAGACUCUUUUGAGCCGAACUGAUUUGGACCCCAGGGUGCUCUCAAACACUGGCUGGGGCCAGACUCAAAUUAAGCAGGACACAGUGUGGGAUAUUGAAGAGGUGCCAAGGCCUGAGGGGAAAUCUGACAAAGGAACUGAGGGGUGGGAGAGCGCUGCCACACAGACCAAGAACUCAGGGGGCUGGGGAGACGCACCCAGCCAAAGCAAUCAAAUGAAGUCUGGAUGGGGGGAGCUCUCAGCCUCUACAGAGUGGAAAGAGCCCAAGAGCACAGGAGGCUGGAACGACUACAAGAACAACAACUCUUCCAGCUGGGGAGGAGGACGGCCAGAUGAGAAGACGCCUUCCUCUUGGAAUGACAAUUCCAGCAAGGAUCAGGGGUGGGGAGGUGGACGUCAGCCCAAUCAAGGAUGGACUUCUGGGAAGAAUGGUUGGGGAGAGGAAGUUGAUCAAACAAAAAGUAGCAGUUGGGAAAGUUCUGCAAGUAAGCCUGUGUCUGGGUGGGGUGAAGGGGGUCAGAAUGAAAUUGGAACUUGGGGUAACAGUGGAAAUGCAAACCUAGCUUCAAAAGGUGGGUGGGAAGAUUGCAAAAGAUCCCCUGCAUGGAACGAGACUGGCAGACAGCCCAGUUCCUGGAGUAAACAGCACCCGCCACAGCAGCAGCCGCCACCACAGCCAGAUGCCUCUGGUUCCUGGGGAGGCCCACCCCCACCACCUCAAGGCAGUGUUCGACCUUCCAAUUCCAACUGGAGCAGUGGGCCCCAGCCCACAACCCCUAAGGAUGAGGAACCCAGCGGUUGGGAAGAGCCAUCCCCACAGUCAAUUAGUCGGAAAAUGGACAUUGAUGAUGGCACUUCAGCUUGGGGAGACCCCAACAGUUAUAACUACAAGAAUGUGAACCUGUGGGAUAAGAAUUCCCAAGGGGGCCCAGCACCUCGAGAACCAAACCUGCCCACCCCAAUGACCGGAAAAUCAGCAUCAGUCUGGAGCAAAAGCACACCACCUGCUCCAGAUAAUGGGACUUCAGCCUGGGGCGAGCCAAAUGAAAGCAGUCCUGGCUGGGGUGAAAUGGAUGACACAGGAGCAUCGACCACAGGCUGGGGAAACACGCCCGCCAACGCUCCCAAUGCCAUGAAACCCAAUUCCAAAUCUAUGCAAGACGGCUGGGGAGAGAGUGAUGGGCCCGUUACAGGAACUCGCCAUUCCAGCUGGGAAGAGGAGGAUGAUGGAGGAGUCUGGAACACCGCCGGCUCUCAGGGAAGCACUUCCUCUCACAACUCAGCAAGCUGGGGACAAGGAGGAAAGAAACAAAUGAAGUGUUCACUAAAAGGAAACAAUGAUUCAUGGAUGAAUCCUCUUGCCAAACAGUUUUCAAAUAUGGGAUUGCUGAGUCAAACUGAAGAUAAUCCAAGCAGCAAAAUGGAUUUGGCUGUAGAUAAGAAAUUUGAUGUGGACAAACGAACAAUGAAUCUCGGGGAUUUUAAUGAUAUCAUGAGGAAGGAUCGAUCUGGGUUCCGUCCACCUAAUUCCAAAGACUUGGGAACUACAGACAGUGGGCCUUAUUUUGAGAAGCUGACUUUGCCUUUCUCCAAUCAAGAUGGGUGCCUUGGGGAUGAGGCUCCCUGCUCUCCCUUCUCCCCUUCUCCCAGCUACAAGCUGUCUCCCUCUGGUUCCACACUUCCCAACGUCAGCCUUGGAGCAAUCGGCACAGGGCUCAACCCCCAAAACUUCGCUGCUAGACAAGGCGGCAAUCAUGGUUUGUUUGGAAACAGCACAGCACAAUCGAGAGGCCUGCACACGCCAGUGCAGCCGCUGAGUUCUUCUCCUGGUCUCCGGGCACAAGUGCCUCCCCAAUUUAUCUCCCCCCAGGUUUCUGCCUCAAUGCUCAAGCAGUUUCCCAACAGUGGCCUGAAUCCAGGUCUUUUCAAUGUGGGGCCCCAGUUAUCUCCUCAACAAAUUGCCAUGCUGAGCCAGCUUCCACAGAUUCCCCAGUUCCAGUUGGCAUGUCAGCUUCUCUUGCAGCAGCAGCAGCAGCAGCAGUUGCUACAGAACCAGAGAAAGAUUUCUCAAGCUGUACGCCAGCAACAAGAACAACAGCUGGCUCGAAUGGUGAGUGCACUCCAGCAACAGCAGCAGCAGCAGCAGCAACAGCAGCAACAGCAGCAGCAGCAGCGACAGCCUAGUAUGAAGCACUCACCAUCUCAUCCUGUUGGACCUAAGCCACAUCUGGACAACAUGGUACCCAAUGCGCUGAAUGUGGGGCUCCCAGAUCUUCAGACCAAAGGGCCAAUCCCUGGAUAUGGUUCUGGCUUCAGCUCUGGUGGCAUGGACUAUGGCAUGGUUGGUGGGAAGGAGGCUGGGACUGAGUCUCGCUUCAAACAGUGGACCUCCAUGAUGGAAGGACUGCCUUCUGUGGCCACACAAGAAGCCACCAUGCACAAAAACGGCGCUAUAGUGGCCCCUGGUAAGACUCGAGGAGGGUCACCAUACAACCAGUUUGAUAUAAUCCCAGGUGACACGCUGGGUGGCCAUUCAGGUCCUGCUGGUGAUAGCUGGUUACCUGCCAAAUCUCCACCAACAAAUAAAAUUGGAAGUAAAUCCAGCAAUGCCAGUUGGCCUCCAGAAUUUCAACCAGGAGUGCCAUGGAAAGGUAUCCAAAAUAUUGACCCUGAAUCUGACCCGUAUGUCACCCCAGGAAGUGUACUGGGGGGUACAGCCACAUCUCCCAUUGUAGAUACUGACCACCAACUGCUGCGGGAUAACACCACAGGGUCUAAUUCUUCCCUCAACACCUCGCUGCCUUCACCUGGUGCCUGGCCCUACAGUGCCUCUGACAACUCCUUUACCAACGUUCAUAGCACUUCAGCAAAGUUUCCUGAUUACAAAUCUACAUGGUCCCCUGAUCCCAUAGGACACAACCCUACUCAUCUCUCCAACAAAAUGUGGAAAAACCACAUGUCCUCCAGGAACACUACACCGCUGCCCCGCCCACCUCCCGGCCUGACCAACCCCAAACCGGCAUCUCCUUGGAGCAGCACAGCACCCCGAUCAGUCAGGGGCUGGGGAACACAGGACUCUCGGCUUGCCUCAGCCUCUACCUGGAGUGAUGGUGGCUCUGUUCGUCCUAGUUACUGGCUGGUUCUUCACAAUCUCACUCCACAGAUUGAUGGGUCAACCUUGCGAACGAUCUGCAUGCAGCAUGGUCCACUGCUGACAUUCCAUCUGAAUCUAACCCAGGGCACUGCCCUGAUCCGAUACAGCACCAAACAGGAGGCAGCCAAGGCUCAGACUGCACUGCACAUGUGUGUGUUGGGAAACACUACCAUCCUGGCUGAGUUUGCCACUGAUGAGGAAGUUAGCCGCUUUCUGGCCCAGGCUCAGCCCCCUACACCUGCAGCAACUCCAAGCGCACCAGCCACAGGUUGGCAGUCGCUGGAGACCAGCCAGAACCAGUCAGAGCCCGUUGGACCUGCGCUGAACCUGUUUGGUGGGUCCACGGGGCUCGGCCAGUGGAGCAGUGCUGGCGGCAGCAGUGGGGCUGAUCUUGCUGGCGCCUCAUUGUGGGGACCCCCAAACUAUUCUUCUAGUUUGUGGGGAGUCCCCACAGUGGAAGAUCCCCAUAGGAUGGGCAGCCCUGCUCCUUUACUACCUGGUGACCUUCUAGGAGGAGGGUCGGAUUCAAUCUGAACUUAGAACUUUCAACUCUGACCUCGUGACCUUUUUUGGAACAGCAGCAGCACUAACUUGACCUUUUCGUUUUUUUUUUCAACUUGCAAUAAAUACAUUUUUAAAAGGAAAAAAGAAAACGGAGAGAGAAAAAAAGGUGGGUCAUUGACAGACUGUCUGAGCACAUAGUUGCCUCCCUUAUAACUUCAGUUUUUUCGUUUGGAAUAUGAAUCCAAAAAGAGAACAUAUCACUCUUGAAAUACUUGAAUCAUGAACGCCAACCUAGAAAGACAAUGUGAAGCAAGUACACAUACCAUUUAAAUUUAAACACAAAAAAUUAAAAAAAUUAGUUUCUAGUUUUUCACUUUUUUCAUGUUAUAUGGAAGUUGUUGCUAAGAAACAUAUAUACUGAAAAAAUAGCUUUUUAACUUUGUUUGCACUGGGUGUGUUUCCGUCCUUAGGUCUACCAUGUUUGGGUGGGAGGGAAAUUCAAAAGAAUUGUUGGGGGAGGGGGGAGGGAAGACUUGACGGAGCCUCACUUUAAAAACAAAAACAUAAAAAAACUUAAAAAAAAAAAAAGGAAAAUUUUUGUGAUUGGCUGGUUGAUAAAUACCAGUGUGUUCUGGCACAUGUAACUGCCCAGGCAUGCUUGUUCUGGUAUGUGUGUGCACGUGUGUUCAUGUGCAUUCGCGUGCAUCCUCCUCUCUGUCUCUGUGUGUGUGCCUGUGUCCUGCCCUUCUUGCCCCGCCCCUCCCCCCCACACACACCCUGAUUUCUCAGAAAGCUGCAUUGCUGACAGUCCACAGGCUGGCUGGCCAGCCAUCUGCUUUUAUUUUUGCUUUUUAAAAACUAUGAGAACACAGGAGCACCAGGAGCCGCUGCAACUCUAGCCACUUCGUCAGGCUGCAUCGAGACGAAGGGUGCUUGUCGGUGAUUUUAACAGGGAGCUCCUGUCCACUUGCGGAGUGAGGCUCUCCUGCUUUCUCUUGACUGAGUAAUAGAGCGGAGCACUGCCAAGUCCAACCAUCAGAGGGCAGGAAGUACCUCUUGGAGCAACUCUGUGUUCCCUCUGUGUUGUAUAAUGAGUGGCCGCUAGACACAUCUGAGUUUCUGAAGUUCCAUGCAGGACUUUUUGUUGAAUUAAGUGGGAACAGAAGAUAAGCUAGAUGUAAAAUCAUGUGAUGUCUCAAAUGCAUAGAAUCUGUGUUCCCUCUUUCCUGUGUGAUUAGGUGUGAGAAAUUGAUUUUUGAAAAAUCAGGUAAUGCGAGCUAAAUAUCCUGUUGGUUCUAGUUCUCAUUUGAUGAAAACAAAGCAGUAAGUUGUGAGCAGCCUCCUGGAAGCAUCGCAGCUCCUCCCUCUCUGCUCCUCUCUCGCUGAGCAUUACCUGUGCCAGGCCAUGGCGUGUUACAGCACCAGGCCAUCACUGACAGAAACGUUUACUUAACGAAUGUUCUUAAACCAGUGUGUACUUCAAGCGUCUCCCUUUGUUUCUCUGUGUUGUGUAUUUCCUGUGUAUGUGGUUUUGCUUAGGCAAGAAUAACUUAGCAAAGACUUUAAGUAUUGCACCUUGUUUUGGUUUUGACCUCUUUUUAUUUUACUUGUAAUGUUGCUUUUUUUUAAUUUUGGUAUUUAAAGACUUUAAAAGCAUCAAUGUAGUAGUUCUCUGGGCCGAACAGGAGGCAAUGUUUAAUCCACAGUUAUCACCAUGUAUGUACUAUGUUGGAAUCAAAAUAUAUCAAACUGCUUAUUGUGAAGAGAGUGACAGCAAACUUAAAGGGGAACCCCUUUAUACAAAACAGGUGGCGAGCGGGCGGGAAGAAGAUGGGGAUGUGUGCCGGUAACAUGCCAGCACGUGUGUGCAUGUCCCAGUGUGCAUCACACUGUUCAACAUUGAAGUGCCGACAUUCUGUACCAGCAUAUGCCUGCCCAUUCCAACCCCUGAUGGGAGCAGACCUCUACUGUCCUCCAUAACUUGCUGCUAUUGAGGACAAGGGAGUUUUUCUUUCUUUAGCAUCUUGAGUGAAGGAUACAACAAUGCCUAAUGUAUUUGACUUUUAGCUUGUGUCUUGUGUGUAGGUGGGUGGAUGGGUGUGGAUAGGAAAAGGCAAAAAAAGAAAAAUGCAUGUAAGUGGCUUUGUGAGACCAUGAAUGAGAAAUUCUGUAGUCUUAUUGGCUAACCCUGUUGAGUGUAAACCUGACUUCAGAAGACAUUGGCAGGCAUAAUUCAAAUGAGGAAUUGUGUUUGCUGGUGUGUGGGAGUCCUUCACAGGCAGUGGGCGGGUGGGCAGGCCGGCAGGCAGACUUGAGUUUGCAGUGCUGCUUUGUUCUCGCGGGUGCCUUGUCCACAUGGACUGUGCCCUCCUCCUGCUCUCUGGUUUUCAUCACCACCGUGCCCCUCCCACCUCUGCCCUGACGACAAAAAAACAACCACCUCCUCCCAGCCCCACUGACUGUUCUGCCUUUGGAGCAGAGCUUUGUUCUGGGUGGUGACCUCCAAGUAAAGUGCAGUUUAUGUUCAAGCAUGCAGACCGAAGGCUAAAUCUUAGUGUCCCUGGGCUAGGAGUUCAUCCCAAGGCUCCUGCAAGCCCAUGGGAACUGUCCACUGCCGCGUUCACGGCUGUGCCCUGCCCUGCCCUCCUUCUCCUGCCUGUUGGGUCCUUGACCUGCACUAUGGCUUAGUUGAGUUCCUUACGAUACUACGGUGAAAGCCGGGUGCUAGAGCCCCUCUUGUUUACAAGACAUAAAUGAGGGAUUUGAAAUAUGUAAAAAUAAACAUGAGAAGCUAAAAUGUUCUUCCAUCAUAAGCUUAAAGGGAAAAUAACUAAAAACUUUAAAAAAAGACCAAAAAGUACGUGUAUAUAUAUAUAUAUAUAUAUAUAUACACACACACACACACACACACACACACACACACAUAUAUAUAUAUACACACACACAUAUAAAUAUAUAUUUUAGAUGAAGACUAACUCUGGGAGCAUUUAACAGUGUUUUUUGUUUUUGUUUUUAACAUUUAUUUUCCUGCUUUAAAAUUUGCAAGCAUUCUCAGGAAUUCUAGGGUAGGAAGCCAGUUUUUUGAAGAUGGUUUAUUUAACCGUAUCUUAUCCUAGAUAGACGGCUGUUUCUUUCUUGUUAAUAAACUUUUACAAGUUCCUGAACUUCAAAAAGUUUAAAUAAUUUUUACUUACAAAUGUAAAAAAGGAAAAGUCUCCAAAUGUUAUUGUCAUACCGGGGGAUCACACAUUUUAAAACACAUAGAAAUAUUUUUUAAAAAUUAUCAAUUUAGCAGCAACAGGUAAAAUCAUUAUCUUAACAGUUAUGGGAGAAGGAUUAAGCUUUCUGAGAACUCUGUCAUGGCCUCAUUUGAAAUUGUGUGCAACUUAAUGAGGGAGAAUUUGGUGUGCUUGAGUGGGAUUGCCUUCAAGAUGUUCCUUCUGUGUAAGGCUAGACAGAAAUUUCUCUAGCCAUUUUUGUUUUCAAUGGAGGCCUUCUCCAGUGCCCCUCCAGCCCUAGCAACAAAAGAAAGAAUUAAAGAAAGAAACAGUAGCUUAAAAGAAAAAAAGGUCUAACUCUAAUCUGUAAUAGUACGGUUGGAUUGCUGAGAAUCUAUGUAAAGAGUUAGGGAAUAUAGGAUAAUAAGUUUUGGAACAAAUUUUAAAUAUAGGCAUUACUAGAGGAAGACUAUCUAUGGACUGUUCUAUUAAUGAAGAAUGUGUGCUUUACCUCCGUGUGUUGUAGGAGAAGAAAAUACAGGAUUUAAUAAGGAACAAGUGUUUUACUUUUUUAGCUCCCAGCUACUCUUGUGCUUGUUUUCAUUGCUGUGUUGAAGAUCUGCUGCUUAAUAUCCCUGUCCUGGAUGGUGGAGAGGUGGAGUGUUCCCUUUCAUUUUGGUGUUGAAUCUCCUUCUGUAGUCCUUCCUGGGACCUGAGGUCAGAGCUCCUAAGUAUGGUCACAGCUUCUUUCAAACAUUAAGCUUCCCAAUGGGAAAGAAACUCCAGCUCCACAGGAAAAGUGAGUGGGUGGGGUUGCUGCCUGCAUUCUCUAAAACCGCUUUAGUGCCUUCUGUACGUACACCCAGACAUCCUAAGCAGGGGACGGGAGUGUAUGUGCAUGUGGUCCAAUCACUCCACAACUAGUAAAAUGCUUGCCUAGAAAGGAAACUGGAGUGGUUCUGGACAGGCCCCAAAGGCAGUGGGCUAAAUCAAACUAAGCAAAAAUCAAGGAAGUUAAAUAUGCUUAUUUUUGUCUUGAUAAUGUGGAUUGCCAAGUUCCUUCCAAUGUCCUGUGUCCUCCUUCACUUUGAUUUGUCUAGGUGUAGAAGGGUGACAGCUACAGUGACUGGAAGUCUUUUUGUGCUGGGCCAAUAGAAGAGGGUUCCUGCUUCUCAGCACCUGCUGUCCUUUGUCUCUUCCCAUCUGCUCCCCAUCUCACUUUUUCAUCCUUGCUGGAAGCUUUGCACUAUUGGUUGAUGGCGACCUAAGAAGAGAAGAUGGCGAUGUGUAUCAUGGAACAGGAAAGCUCUCUUCUUUCCUUGGUAUUAUUUGGCAAGAUCCAUAUCUAGCAAGAAGUUAGUUGGCUUCAUUACACAUAGAUCAGUGGGAGUUCCCUGUCUCCCAGCACAUUCUGACAUUCGUACAAUGGCUCACUAGUCCCCUUUGUUACAUAGAUUUAUUUGUGUGCAUUGUAAGCUUAUAAGUGUGAGCUUUCCAUUUUGUAGUCGUCUCUUAUUUCUCCAACUCUUAAUUCCUAGUAGCUAGAAGCAUGUGCCUCUCGAGAACAUCACAGGCUUGGUUUCUAUCUACCCCAUGAGAAGCCAAAAGAAAAGAAGCACAAGUAGGGAGACGAGACUGGUGCUGCCCCUGGGACCCAGUGCCAAGACCUCAUUUAAGGCUUGAGAAAAGUCUCCAAGACACUAAAGAAAUGGAUGAUCCAUGUAACUCUUCUGGCCCCUCAGUCCCCAACCCUUAAACUUCCUCUCUGGACAGCGUUCACAAGAACAAACUAGGCAGGGCAACAAUGCUGGCCCAAACCCCAGCACCACAAAGUAAGACUCCAAACCGAAUUCUUCCCCAGUGUCCUUCCAGAAGGGCAGCACCAUCCAUUUAUCGCUCUGCUUACUUUUAGCAGCAGAAUUUCCUAUUCCUGUGGUUUCUGUUCUGAGAGUCUCCCUGCCUCUUCUGUCGUGAACACAGUGUGUUAGCAAUUGGUGGUUCCAAGUUCCUGUGGGUUGCAUGUAACACAAAGAUGUGCAGGUUGGAUGGGGGAGAGAAAUGGGAAGAAAUUCCUGCUUAAGAACUUGGAAGUAUCUUUAAUAGUGUAGCUACCAGAAACAGUUCAUGGGCUAUUAACUUGCUGCAAACAUUCAUUCUCCUUGUAUUUGUUUCUGGUGUUAGAGAAGCUAGCCAGGGCCUUGGACAUGGUAGGUGAGCAAGCUCUUCCACUGAGCCAUCACCCAGCCCUCCUUCACUGUCACUGUCACCCUUUUCUUGGAAGGGUGUGGUUUUUAUAGGGUUAACAGCCAGAUUCUACUUCGACCUUAGAUGCUGUGUACAUUUUAAAUUUUAUUUUACUGUACUCUGCCAUUUUGACUCCCCUUAGUGUCUGUGUGCUAGGCAAAAUGCUUAAGCCAAGCCUGUUUUCCUCAUUAGUGUAAACAGACCGGUUUCAGCAGGCUAGGACACCAUUGAGUCUUUGUGUAGAAAAAGGCCCAUUCUUCCUUCCCAGUCCUCAAAGUGAAAAUUCAGCAUAUAAAGUGGUGCUGUGUGUUGCUUUGGGUGGAGUUUUUGAUCCUGUCUCAAGUGUCUGUAAUGUCUCCAGCUAGGAAUAGAGAAACGUUUUUAGCUGGCUAAAGGAAAAAAAAAAAAAAAUGCAUCAACAUUUUUUAUUCUCCAGUGUUUUUGCCAAGUUUUGUCUCACUUCCUGCCUGUGCAUCCCUGUGUCACUGCAGAAAGAGCUCUUGUCCUGUGAUCUUGCUUUUCUCCUGUGUGAGUACAACCCAGGCCACUUCUAGUUUGCUUGUAAACAGUCCAUCUUUAGGCUUCAGCAAUCACUCAGAGAAGUGGGUCCCCUUGAGCUCUGCUGCACAAUGUGCCGUAGCCCCUUUGCUCUUUGCAUCUACAAAGACAGGUGUCGUACAUUCUAGAAAUAAACAACUAUGGCAAGGACAUCAUCAGUCUGUACAAACAAGCAAAAAGAAGAAAAGAGCAUUUCUAUUCCCAGAGUUUGUGCAUACCCUGUAACAUGCUCUGUAGGUUUAUGGCCAGUGCCAAAGGUGUAUGGAUCUUCAGAGAUGAGUCUAGUUGUCAACCAUAGUAUUUUUUUCCUCAACCUUAAAUUUGGCAAAAGGGGGUAGUUAUAUCGUAUUCUUUAGAUGUGAAGUAAUUGUCAGCCCCAAGAAUCUGUGGCCAGGCGUGGUGGUGCUCACCUUUAAUCCCAGCGCUCACUUGGGAGGCAGAGGUAGGAGGAUCUUUGUGAGUUCCAGACCAGCCUGAGACUCCAUAGUAAAUUCCAGGUCAGCCUGGGCUAGAGUGAGACCUUACCUCGAAAACAUAAACCUAUGAUGGUAGUAAUAAUAAAAGUUGGAUAUUAGCCCUCUCUAAGCUGCCCACAACACCUUUUCAGUCCACGCUGCCAAAGAAGGCCAUGGAAGUCCACAGGAUGGAGACUGGGGGCCUGGCCAGGGAGUAGAGAGCUGCUUUCUGCCCGCUCAGCACCUACUCCGUCCCUGUGUAUGUGGUCACUGACCUGACCCCAGCAGUUCUAAGUGUUUCCAUCAUUUGAGUGGUUUUUAAACCAUCAGUCUCUCUCAUAAACGUCUACCACCAAAACCUAACAGCAAGGCCAGAUGUGAUGGUGCACGCCUUUAAUCCCAGCCGAGGUAGGAGAAUCGCUGUGAAUUUCAGUCCAGUCUGAAACUACAUAGUGAAUUACAGGUCACCCUGGACUACAGCAAGAACCUACCUCGAAAAAACACCCCCCCCCCCAAAAACAAAAAAGAAAGGAAAGUGACAGAAACUGCUGGUGUUUGCCUCACAGAAUUUAAGUAGCUUCCUUUCUAAUCAGCUAGACACCUGGAUUUAUAUUCCCACAAGAAACUGCAUGCUGGGAAAAGACUAUUCCUCUAACCAGAGAGGCUUUUGCAGAGCUUAUUAUUGAGAAUGGCAGCUGUCUUCCAAUGGGAGGAGAGAGGUCAGGAAAACUUCUCAGGCAAGAAGUGUUCUGUUUUAAAUAAAUAAGAGAUAGUGUUUCCCUAAAGCACUAUGUGCCUCAGCUUAGUUUUCACAGGGAGUCAGCUCUUUGGAAAUGAACUCCUAAUUACAGCUGAUCCAUUAUCAGCCAGUAUCAAUAGGUGGGGAUGGUCUCUUCAGAAAGGGAAACAACUGCUUCCUGCUUUCCUCUCUCUUCUCUUCCCUGGCUUCCUGGAUCUCCUCAUGGGUCCUCCUUGGACACUGCCUCCUUCUUGGGCCACUGAAAGGGUGGCCUCUCUGGGAUGUCAUAGGAUGGAGCAGCCUCACUUUCAGGACUGGCUUUACAGCAGGGGAAGAUGUAAGUGCUGAAUGCACUUAUGCAGAACAGAGUAAACCUUUGGGAGCCACAUGCCUUGUAAAGGUAGCAGUUACUCACCAAGUGAUGCAUGAAGUUUCUUGCCAGAAAUUUUGGGUUAAUGUUACAAUAUGUGUUCAAAACACCACCCCUACCCCCGUUUGAGUUUUUUGAUGAAUCGCUUAAGUGUAGUACUUCUGAAUGUGCCUUGUGAGUCCGGAGACUGUCUGGUAAAAACAAGAAGAUGGCCUGCCUAGUGUCUCCCGGCAGCCCCAGGGGCAGCACUGGAUUUUCAUUAGCUCCAGUUUUGCACAGUGUCUUCGUGUGGAAGAGAUUCUGGGUCUUGGGCAGUGAGGUAAGAAGGUGCCAGUGCAUGAAUGAUUGCCAGGGCCCAGGUUAGUCCAGUGCAGGUUGGCUGUCUACAUCUGCAUUCCCUAGUUUUCUCGUGUGUGUGUGUGUGUGUGUGUGUGUGUGUGUGUGUGUGUGUGGGCACGCACGCGUGCACGCUCAUGCUGUUGUGAUUUUUCUGUAAGCACUGGAGAAUUGAAAUGUGGUGGUCUUGACCCAUUCACCAUGUAAAGAAGGUGUUUCCGGCGUGCGGGGACAGUGCGCUUUUACCCUUUCAGCCUGUGUUCUGAGAAGGCCAUGGUUUUCCCAAAUGCAAGUCACAUUUGUGUUGCUGUGUAUGCAAACAGGGUAUUACACACAAGGAAAAAGAUUUGGAAACAGUUGAGACUGAAGUGUUCGAGAAAGAAAGAGAAAACGCCAUCCUAAACUGUAUUGUGGUCCUUCAGCACUAGUUAGUCCAACAUGGAAACCUGCGGUGUCUCUUCAUUUGUUUUGAGGUUUGUUCUCAAAGAUUCCACCUCUUCUCCACUCCCUAUCUUCUAAAGAAAGAUCAAGUGAAUGCUAAGGGCCAUUAUCACAAUUCCUCAACCUCUCCCACAGGAAAGCAAGCACUCUCCUAGAUUCCUUCAGCUUCAUUCAGGAAGACAUGGGGCAGAGGGCUGGGCUUCCCUGCUUCACUCUCUGUCCUCUCAAUGGCCUUGAAAUGUAUUAUUAUGCAAAUGUGAAUUUUGAUACUGAAUUAAAAGAAGAGGUUGUUGGA